AUGUCUUUCAAAGCUAUUCUGUUCUGCGCCCAAGCCUUACUUAUUCAGGCUAUAAGCAGCCAAUGCAUCGGCGCUUACAAUGGUUUAGCUGACGGAUAUGCUUGGGGCGCCGCCCCUUACGCCGAAGCCGCUUGGGGGGCAGCCCCAUACGAAGCCUACAACGACUGGGCUUCACCCUGCAACGACUGGGCCGGACCCUGGAACUCAGCAGCGAGAAUGCGCGCCGCAGAAUACGAGACAGCAGCUAUCGACUCCAGAUACCCAUUCGCCAUGAACGGCGGACUCGGCCCAGCAUCCAUGGCGGCAUCCAACGGCGGUGGCCUCGCCAUCACCAGCUCCUCGCCGAUCUCCCCCAACGGUGUAUCCUUGAUAUCGGAGAACGCCAUCGAAGGACCGUUGGCUGUCAGUGGUGAGAUUCCCUUCCUCGGUGCUGUUGCUCUGGAAGGUGCGUUGCCAACUGCUGGAUCUGGUGGUGUUGCUUACGGUUGCGGCAACGGUAACGUCGCCAUCUUGAACGAGGAUAUCGGUGCUUACUCCCCGUACGGCGCGUACGCCCCAGGUAUCGCCGCUGCCCCAGCUUACGCCGCUGCCCCCGCCCUCGCUGCCGCUGCCCCUUUUGGUGCAGGUUACGCUAACCCAGCGUUCGCUUAUAACCGCGGUUGCGGAUGUGGCAGAUUCUAA